AAAACUUGACUUUGGUCCGUUUAAUAUUAUAUGUUUACUUAUGUUAAUUAUGAUUUCAUCAGGAAAAACAAUACGUAUGUUUACCAUUGCGUGGUUGGUUAACGUGGUGCGAAACCUGUUCUAUGAACAAUAAACAUUGCAUUCGUCAUAGUGUAGUCCUUAUUUCUGGACGUGCAAUCAAAUAUGAUGUACUGUGAGAAACCGAUCAUAUAUUUCAGAUCGAAAGUGAGAGUUAGAGAAAAUGUCGUUCGUGAAUGUGUCAAGCAAUGAAAGUGACUUUGUUUAUACUCCACCGUUCACUGGUGUUGGUGUCAUCGUAUCGACAAUUAUCUUAAUACCACUUGCGGUGUUUGGGACAUUAGCCAAUUGUCUCACAAUAUUUGUCAUUUCUACUUCCCCUAAACUAAAAUCAACUUUCAAUUACUUCAUUCUUAGUCUUUGUGUGAGUGACCUCGUCUCCGCGUUAAUCAGCCCCUUGUUUCUGUACAGAAGGACUUGGGGCUUUGAUAAUUGGGAAGCCUCGGAUUUUCUUUGCAAAGUUUUCUGGGGUUUAGAUCUCUGGACCUCCUACAUUACAUCAACUCAUAUUUUAUGUUUCGCUUCGUUGCGUUACGUUUCAGUCCAGUGGCCGCAUCGUUUUAACGCAAUCAAACCAACACAAGCCAAGCUUGUUAUUCUGGUGAUUUACGUCAUCACUUUUCUGGUUGGGUUUCUGCCAUUUGCAAUAUGGUUCGGGGCGAGUAAGCGUGACCGAAGUAGCACUCUUCCUAAUGCGAAGUGGCCGUCUUGUACGCUUAAUAUUGAAUGGUUACCACAGUUUAAGUUAUACACACAACUUGGUUAUUCGCUCUUCUUCUUUUUGCCGAUAUUUCUUGUAAUUCUUCUUUCGAUUGGAAUUGUCAUCAAGAUAUUUCAGAUGAGAAGAGCAAGAAAAAAGAUGAUUAGUAAAUCGGCUAAUGACGGUGAAGUUACUGUGGAAAAAAGACGCAGAAGGAAAGAAAAACAGAUUAUUUUACAACUAGUUUUAAUAGUGGGAUCGUUUUUAUUGGGUUACACCCCACAUGCAGUGUUUCACUACUGGACAGUAAAUGUGAAGGCGAUAUCUUACCAGCAGAAAGUUUUUGAUUGGUGGUUCGGCUCAGUUGAAUACUUUUGUCUGAGAAUCAGCGAAUGUUUAAACCCAGUGUUCUACAACUUGGCAUCCAGUAAAAUGCGAAAAGAAACGACAAAAACAAUCCAUCGCAUUUGGAAAAGGACGUCUUGUUCUGCGGCUAUUACGUCACAAUCGAAUACUAUGGCAACGAAUUCAUCUACAAGCUCCCCUAAUAAUUUACAACUUUAAAAAUGUGGUGUUCCUCUUUGGUCAAACUGAUUUCCUUCCUCUGAUUUAGACCUUUUUGUAUAAAAUAUUAAACUUUGAAAUCCAUAA